UGGUCUGGUGAAAAAUGGCGGUCUUAGCGGCACCUAGACCGCCCCAUGGUGGAAUUCCGUGGCUGUCAGUCCCGCAAACUCAGAAUCUUCAGAUUCUUUCUAGUAAUUCGAGUGUGGAUCAGAGACAGAAAUGGAGAAAGCAUAUCGAUCGAAGGAGAGAAAGAGGAGCUGAUAGAUAGAGCUUUAGGAUUUUGGUUUUUGGGGUGCUAAAUAUUAGCAGAAAAUAAAUGGAUCGGUACCAGAGGGUGGAGAAACCCAAGAGCAAGGACGAAAGUGAAAGCAAUGGGAGAAAGGAGAACGAGAUCCGAAUCACCACUCAAGGCAGGAUUCGCAAUUACACGACUUAUGCUUCCUCUCUUCUCCAGGAUAAAGGCUCUGAUGAAAUUGUACUUACAGCAAUGGGUAGAGCAAUCAAUAAAGGUGUCAUGAUUGCUGAACUAAUAAAGAGAAGGGUUGUUAGUCUACAUCAGAAUACUUCAAUUACAUCCGCUGAUAUAACUGACAUGUGGGAGCCACUGGAAGAAGGCCUUCUCCCAGUGGAAACAACCCGUCAUGUUUCAAUGAUCACGAUUAUUUUGUCAAAGAAGGAGCUCGACUCUACAUCCAAAGGGUAUCAACCUCCAACUCCUGCUGAUCAGGUUAAGGCUUUGAAUGAGUUUGAGUAUGAAGGAGAGGGCUUACCUAGCAAGCGAGGCAAAGGACGUAGUGGUCGCGGAUGGGGAAGGACUAGAGCAGGCCGCGGCCGUGGAAGGGCAAGAGGGCAUCAACGUAAUCGUAAUCUCAAACCCGAAGCACCUGUUCAGGCAGCUGCAGCUUGAACACCAUAUAGUGUUUGUGCAACUCAUGCCCGUGAGCUCAGAAAUGGUAAAUGAUGCAAAGCUUGCUGCAUCUAGAAAUGCAAACUAGGAUUGCUUUCCUUUUUCUCAAGUUUCUGUUAGUGUUGCCGCCAUGUAGUUUGUGGAACAUCUUCUUGCAGUAGUGGCAGGACUUUUUUUUUUUGGGUUCUUUGUUGGUGUACAAUCUCUGUUUUGUUUGUGAGAAGAAAAUAGAGCAAUCGAUUCAUUUAUUCUUAAACUAUAUGGGUCCCUUCCGUUGUCAAAAAUUAGGAGAUCUAGUAUACGUCAUGGAAUAAAAGUCUCUUGAGUGCACAAAGGGCAGUCCCAGUGUACCAGGUGAAUUUAGCGUCAGCUUAGUU